AUGGCCGGCGGACGCAUGAAAUACCGUCAUCUUGGACGCACCUCCUCGCAUCGACAAGCGCUGCUUCGAAACCUCGUCACCUCCCUCUUCACCCACGAAUCCAUAUCAACUACAUGGCCCAAAGCGAAAGAAGCGCAGCGGCUCGCAGAGAAAUUGAUUACGCUGGGGAAGAAAAAUACAGAUGCUAGCAAGCGGAGGGCAUUGAGUAUAUUUUUUACCCCCCACGAACUCCUCCCCAAACUCUUCGGUGAGAUCCGCGAACGCUAUGCCGCCCGCCCCGGCGGCUACACGCGCGUUUUGCGCAUCGAGCCCCUCAAACCCGACCACGCACCCUCCGCCAUUCUCGAGCUUGUCGACGGACCCAAAGACACACGGUGGGCGAUGACUGCGCGGACCGUGGCACGAUUUCAAAAGGAGAAGAUCCCGAUGAAUAGCAUUACGGAAAGGAAUAUCGAGAAGGUGACGCAGUUUCGUGCGGGAGGUGAAGAGGCGUUUAAGAAGAUUGUGAAGAGGGUCGAAGAAUUGAAGUUGGCGGGCACGCGGCACAGGAAUGAUGUGCCGUUUGAUGCGCCUGGGUUUGAGGGGGAGGUGAAGGGGAGGAAGCUCAGGGAGAAGAGGUGGGGUGGGCAUAUUUAG